AUGCCUAGAAAUUAUUAUUGUGAUUUCUGUCAGUGCACAUUUCCGGACAAUGUAGUUAAUAGAAGAAACCAUAAUGGCGGAACCUCUCAUGUCAACAAUCGUAAAUACCAUUACGACUGGUUCAAAGAACCUUCCGUCUUUAUUCAGGAACAAAUGGACAAACCUCCUUGUAGGCACUUUCAAAGAAGUCAAGGGUACUGUGAAUUUGGCCUGUUUUGUAAAUAUAGUCAUAUCACACUUGAUCCCAACACAGGUCAACCGAUAUACCCACCUGAGCUUAUUCAAUGGUUUCAGCUUAAACAGCAAGAAGCCAAUUCACAAAUCAUAAAAAAGGAGCCUAAAAAAACUAGAUAUCGAUUGCCAGCUGGUUGGAAAGUUAAAGAGUUGCCUCCUUCAUUAAAACCACCACCCUCUAAACAUGGAUAUGAUUGGAGCAAUGUAGGCACAUGGUAG